GCACGAUGAAGGGCACUCCCACCCCAUCAUCCUGUCUAACGCUCGCUCUCCUUCCUCUCCAUUUGUCUCAUCUCUCUCAGUCUCUCUGUUAAAAAUCGCCAUUGAAGUUCGUUGCAAGUUCUCACAGAUUCCCAAAAAAGAAGAGAAAAGAAAAGCUCCGUGGAAGUUCUCGAAGGUUCGAAACAAUCGCUGUGCCGAUCUUCCACAUAUUUCUUCACGUACUGGUGGAAGAACGAAAUUGGAAGAACAGAAAAAAUGGCCUUGCAACAAUACUUUGCACAUGAAUGUAAAUCCAUCCCGGGAACAGCAACAGAUUCAGAAAAUUCCAAAGCUGGCUUUGACUGCAACAUCUGCUUAGAGUUUGCACAUGAGCCAGUGGUCACCUUUUGCGGCCAUCUAUAUUGCUGGCCUUGCAUCUACAAAUGGCUUCACGUCCAGAGUGCCUCCCUUGCCUCCGACGAGUGCCCUCAAUGCCCUGUUUGCAAGGCUGAUAUAUCACACACCACCAUGGUCCCCCUUUAUGGCCGGGGCCAAACAUCUCCUGAAACUGAGCUUGAAGUAAAGGCACCCAACAGGGGAAUGGCAAUACCACCCAGGCCAUCAGCAUGUGAUACACAAGCUUUUUUAUCUAACACAUCUCCUACCGGUCAGCAACUUCCAUAUCGUAACCCUUAUCAGAACCAACAACAUAGCCCUCCUCAUCCAUACGGUAGUUUUGGGGAACAUUCUUCCGCACCGCUGCUUAACCUUGGAAGCACCACAAUGGCAGGUAUCCACCAGCAUCCGGCGGUUGGGGUGUUUGGGGAAAUGGUCUAUGCAAGGGUGUUUGGAAACUCAGAGAGCUUAUAUGCAUACCCAAAUUCAUAUCACUUAACGGGAAGUAGUAGUCCGAGGCUGAGAAGGCAGGAGAUGCAGGCAGACAAGUCACUAAACAGAAUUUCAAUUUUCCUCUUUUGUUGCUUGCUUUUGUGCCUUCUUGUUUUCUGAAGGUAGAGUUUAGGUCAUUCUCCCUCUGCCAUUUUGUAUACUGUAUAAAAAGGUUUGAACGCUUGUCAACAUAAAUGUAGUAGAUGAAAUGAGAUGUUGUGCAAUAUGUGAGGUAAUGCUAGAGAUUUUAUUAAGAGUCAGUCA